UGCCCAAUCGAAACAUUUACGGCCCAUAUGGGCCCAUUAAAAAUCCAUAAGGUUUAGGUUCAGACAAGAAGGAAAUCAAAGGCCCAUUAUUACUUUUCCUUUUUUUCUUUUGCGGCAAAUAACUUUUAUCUUUCCUAUAAAAUACAAGCUUAGACCGAAUUUUUAAGGCAAUAUUUCAAAUCGAGCAAUACUGCGAAACCAGAGAGAGCGAGAGAGAUCAAAAAAAAAAAAAAAACCCUAAUCGGCUUAAUCAUCUCUUCUUCGUCAAUCUUCCUAUUAGUUUCUUCGGUGAAGCAUAAUCAUGGAAACUGUAAGUUCUCAUCAGUAUCUUUCUCCAUGGUCACCAGCUUCAACUCCUCCACAAAUUCCCGUCGAAGCGUACAUAGGAAGUUUCGUCACUAUGAUUUCUAACACCGAUCUACGUUACGAAGGCAUUAUAUGUUUUCUCAAUAUUCAAGAUUCGACUCUAGGUCUUCAAAACGUGAUAUGUUAUGGUACAGAAGGAAGGAACACUAACGGAUUUCAAGUUCCUCCGUAUAAUAAAGUUUACGAUUACAUUCUUUUCAACGGAAAUGACUUUAAGGAGAUAAUAGUUAAGCCUCCUACUUGUGGUUAUUGUUUAGCAAUAGGAUCUACAUGUAGUAAAGCUUGUCUUGCCACAAAACCACCACUCCCUAUAAUUGUCUCACCAAACAAUCGAUCCGGUGCUAAGAUACUCCAACAACUUCCAUUGAUCUCCAAUGAAAAUCUCAUCAUCCCUCAAGCUACAACAGAGUCUAAUGCUUUCUCAGUUAAUGGAUCAGUCAAUGAUAGAUUACACAUUGCUUCUCAACAACGGUAUCCUGGUUCAUACUUCUAUGACCCUUAUGUUUACCAGUCUAUGCCUUAUGAUGGACUUAAUCAAGCUCCUAUAAACGCUUCUUCGUUGUCGAAUUUGACUGAAUCAUCUGCCUCCGAGAUGACGUCUGCUGCAAGUAAAAGUUUAUUUACCACGUUUCUGCCUGCGCCAAUCUCGCAGAAUUCUGGAGGAUGUGAUUUUGAAGCAAUGACUAAGAACUGUAUUCAGUACAGCAUAUGGGGUCUUUCCAUAUACAAGGAAGUAGAGAAAAUAUGGGGUCCUUCCAAAAACAAGGAAGAAGAGAUCAUAUGGGGUUUUUUCAAAAACAAGGAAGAACAGAACAUAUGGGGUCCUUUGAAAAACAAGGAAGAACAGAACAUAUGGGGUCCUUUGAAAAACAAGGAAGAAGAGAGUGCAAAGCAACAUUGAUGGAUCUUCUUACAUGAUCUCACGCAAUCCGUUUGAGCCUAUCGGGAGACCUUGUGAAUCUCUGUUUUUGCGGUGUAAACAUUCGUUUUGAGUCGAUAUCUUUUGUAGCACAUAUCAUUGACAAGUUCCAUGUGUCUUUUGGUGUCGUGAACUUACCUUUUCACUUGGGACUUUUGAGAGAAUGUUGUUUCUUUCUUCUUCUUUUUUUCUUGUAGCAAACACUAAUAAGUUAAUUCUUCCAAAAUAUGUACAGUCUUUACUGUUCUCCUAGUUCCAUAUUUUGUUUUUCUCUAUUCCCUUUGAGUUUUGACUUGAAUAGGUCAACUAUGGUUGACUUUGUAAGUCUUGGGUGGGUGCAUCUCCCACACGUGUGAAAUCUUCUUUUCAUUAUAUCCAUGUUGUUAUAAGUUAUAAUCUUAUACUAGUCAGAGUUAUGUAGACCAUUAGUUGUGGCUUGUGGGGGUUAUUAUAA